GACUGGGUCCCCAUCUUGUUCAAAGCCGAGCCUCGUUCAUCCAACUGCUUUAGAGUGGGACCUGCACGGAGCCGUUCCUGUUGAGGCCACAUUCCCACCCUGUGCUCUCCUGCUAUGGUUGUGCUUCUUCUCAUGGGGAUGCUGAUGGCCCCGCAUGUCGGGGGCCACCCUCUGGACACCCCACACCGCCCACAGGUGCUGCCUCUGGGACUCUCAAAAAAUCUCAAUAUCACGUUCUUCAACGGGGUGUUUAAAAAUGUGGAAAGUGCGACAGAAAUUUUUGACUGCCUGGGCUCCCAUUUCACGUGGCUGCAGGCCGUCUUCACCAACUUCCCGGCACUGCUCCAGUUCGUCAGCGGUCUGAGGUGUGUGGCUGGGCUCUGUCCCCGAGACUUGGAAGACUACGGCUGUGCCUGCAGGUUUGAGAUGGAAGGGCUGCCGGUGGACGAGUCUGACAGUUGCUGCUUCCAGCACCGCCGGUGCUAUGAGGAGGCUGCUGAAAUGGACUGCUUCCAGGACCCUGCCAGGCUUAGCACAGAGGUCAACUGUGUCAGCAAGAAGAUCACGUGUGAGUCCAGAGACCCUUGCGAGCACCUGCUGUGCACCUGCGACAAGGCUGCCAUAGAAUGCUUGGCUCAGUCCAGCACCAACUCCUCCCUGAACCUCCUGGACUCCUCCUUCUGUCUGCUUCAGCCUCCGGAGACAACCAGCAGGAAGGAGCUGACGACCCUUCUGCCCAGAGUGGAUCCCAUGGAGCCCACAGAAAGCAGCCUGAUGGCCCUCUCAGGAGAAGUGGCUGCUGACACCAGAGCUGACCAACUGACCAAUCUUUCCAGGACACAUCAAGGAACCACUCUCUCCAGGACAAAAGCAAGCCAAGAGCAGGAAGGCAGAGAAGCAGUGAGGACCACAGCCCCGCCAGGAUCUGCAGAGAUCAUUGCCGCAGCUAGAAGUGCAACUGUUGUCCCCUCUGGCAUUCAAUCUUUGGGGUUGGCUGUGUCAUCCAUCAAAAGCGGUCCUGAGGAAACAACUGGAAAAGCCUGUGACAGGUUCACCUUCCUGCACUUGGGGAAUGGGGACAACACACAGGUGAUGACCCAGCUUGGAGAGAUGCUCUUCUGUCUGACGUCCCGAUGCCCAGAGGAGUUCGAGUCUUAUGGCUGUUACUGCGGGCAAGAAGGACGAGGCGAACCCAGGGACGCCCUGGACAGGUGCUGUUUGUCCCAUCACUGCUGCCUGGAGCAGGUGAGAAGGCUGGGCUGCCUGCUCGAGAGGCUUCCUCAAUCAGCGGUGGUGUGCGCGGAUGGUGUACCCAAGUGUGCGGGGCAGGGCCUGUGCACGAAGCUGCUUUGUGCCUGUGACCACACAGCGGCCGAGUGCAUGGCCUCGGCGGCCUUUAACCAGAGUCUCAAAUCAUCAGGGAGCCAACAGUGCCAGGGAAACAUGCUACCCUGCGAGGACGGCAUGCACGCAGGGCCUGCGGCCUCCUCCCUCGGCUCCAGCUCUGAGGAGAACAGCGAGGAGGCCAUGCCUCGGACGGUGCACCUGAGAAGGACCAGAAGAUUUCUGGGGAAGUCACUUGGUCCCAUGGGGACCAGGCUACCACAGGGCCCCAAAUAAAUCCCCCGAGAAAACGACAGGCACAUCCUGUUCUGUUCCUCCCGUUACCAUAACCUCUUUGGGUCUCAGUCUCCUCGUCUGUCCUCUGAGCAGAGGCUCAAAGGGAAGAGAGGUGGCGAGACCCUUGCCCACGGCGAUCUGUUUGUGAGCUCAUAUUCAAAGGUGCAUUUGGAGAAGGCAGACGAGCUGUGGUUCCAGACUUCUUGUCGUGCACUGUGGAAGUUCAAUAAAUAUGCCAAUCAA